CAUAUCACAAAAGUCGAUUCAUUUCUAUUUCAAUAUACUACACUAUUAAUUUUACUUUCCUUUCAAAGAAGACAUAAGCUCCUACUUCUGCGCCAACACCGUUUGCUGAGGAUUUGUUGUUUGGAAUAUUACAGAUUUCUUGUGGUCACUCACUAGUCUCUAUACUUCUUGUGGGUAACAUAAACGUUGGGAUUACAAGGAGGUCUGCAGUUUGCUGCUGGAUGUGUUUUUGAUAUUAUCUGAAAGGAAUGAUCCUCUCAGCACUUUUGACGUCUGUUGGAAUAAAUCUUGGCCUUUGUUUUCUGUUUUUCACUUUGUACUCUAUUUUAAGGAAGCAGCCGAGUAACCUCAGAGUUUAUGCACCACGUCUAGUUGCUGAAAGAAAGCUUAAACAAAAUACUGAUUUCAACUUAGAGAGGCUUUUGCCUUCAGCUGGUUGGGUAAAAAGGGCAUGGCAACAAUCAGAAGAGGACUUGUUGGAGAAAUCAGGUCUGGAUGGUGUUGUAUUUAUGCGACUCUUUACCUUCAGUUUAAAGGUAUUUUCCGUUGCUGCUAUCAUCGGUGUUUUCAUUCUUCUUCCCAUAAACUUUUUGGGAAAUCAGCUGCUUAUUGAUUUUUCUGAUCUUCCCAACAAGUCUUUGGAUUCUUUCAGCAUUUCUAAUGUCAAUAAUGGCUCAAACAGGUUAUGGAUUCACUUUUGUGCCGCAUAUGUUUUUACUGGGGCUGUGUGCUAUCUUCUUUAUAAUGAAAAUAAGGUCAUUGCUCUGAAGCGGAUUGCUUAUUUUUAUGCAUCCCAACCUCAGUUUCACCACUUCACCAUUUUAGUUCGUGGUAUUCCUGUCCAGGCUGGGAGCAGUUUAAGUGAAAGCAUAGAACAAUUUUUUAGAGAGUAUCAUCCUUUGACAUAUCUUUCUCAUACAGUUGUUCGUCGGACGAGCAAACUUCAACAGCUUAUGGACAAUGCAGAAAAACUUUACGGAGCAGUUGACCAGCUUAAGUCUGAAGAACGUUCUAGUCAAAGGUUAGGGCUGUUUAGCAACAAAGAUCGUCAUUUACGUACAUUGGAGAAAAAGUUAGAGGUUACGGAGGACAAUAUGAGGAUGGAGCAAUCAUCAUUACAUGAAAAGGAAGUUCCAGCUGCUUUUGUUUCUUUUAAGUCACGAUAUGGUGCUGCAAUAGCAAUACACAUUCAACAGGGGGUCAAUCCCAUAGAGUGGGUCACUGAACAAGCUCCUGAACCUGAUGAUGUUUACUGGCCUUUCUUUUCUGCAUCAUACUUCCGGAUAUGGAUUUGCAAGUUGGUGGUGUAUGUCGCUUCGGCUGUUCUUACAGUUCUAUUCCUCUUUUUUGUCUUGAUCGUGCAAGGUCUUACUCAUCUGGAACAACUGGAGAGCUAUCUUCCUUUCCUUAAAAGCAUCUUAACGAUAGCUUUUGUAAGUCAAGUGAUAACUGGAUAUCUUCCAAGUCUUAUUCUUCAGUUGUUUCUAUCAUUUGUACCACCCAUAAUGAAGAUGCUGUCCUCUAUACAAGGCUACAUUUCCAUGAGUGCGAUACAAAAAAGUGCUUGUAAUAAGGUGCUCUGGUUUACGAUAUGGAACAUAUUCUUUGCAAAUGUGUUAUCAGGAACAGCUUUAACUCAAGUUAGUGUGUUUUUUGAACCCAAAAAAAUUCCUGAAUUACUUGCUCGAGGUGUUCCUGCUCAGGCUUCAUUCUUCAUUUCCUACGUUGUGACGAGUGGAUGGACUAGUUUAUCGUCAGAGCUGUUUCAGCUAGUCACUCUCAUCUGGAAUUUUCUGAGAAGAAUUUUUGCUAAAGAAGAGGCUGAUGAUUUAAUAAUCUCAUCAGUCCCCUAUGAGAGUGAAAUUCCCAGGAUACUUUUUUUUGUGCUUCUUGGAAUAACAUAUUUCAUUCUUGCCCCGCUAAUUUUGCCGUUUCUUCUAGUUUACUUUUGUAUGGGAUAUCUCAUCUACCGAAAUCAGCUUCUGAAUGUCUAUGCACCGAAGCAUGAAACUAAUGGCAAAUUCUGGCCUAUAGUGCAUAAUUCCACAAUAUUUUCCUUGGUCCUCAUGCACAUUAUUGCUAUAGGAAUAUUUGGGCUGAAGGAUCUCCCUCUGGCAUCUAGCUUAAUCAUCCCUUUACCAAUACUCACACUAUUGUUUAAUGAGUAUUGCCGCAAACGCUUCCUUCCUAUAUUCCAGGCGUAUGCUGCUGAGUGUUUGAUUAAAAAGGAUAGGGAAGAACAGAAUGAUCCCAGAAUGACAGAAUUUCUCGAUAAAUUAAUCGUUGCAUAUCAAGAUCCAGCUCUAAAGCCAAGUCAAUAUUCUCGGAACACUGACAGUCAAACCUCUCCUCUUCUUCAAUCUACUGAAAUAUGAAGUACCAAUCUUCUCCGUGAGGGGUAUGUAGAGAGAUUGCAGAGAUGAGGGAUACUUGUUUGAGCUACACUUGGAGAUGGAUCAUCGUAGUUCACUUGUUUAAGUUAUAUCUGGAGAUAGUACGGUUUAUCGUGGUUUGUAAAGAUUUUCCAUUGAUCUGCAAUUCUUUCGUAACCGGUUUGUUGUUGAUGGUGAAGACUUAAUACUUUGGGUUGAUUGAAUUUUCCAUGUUUUAAUUUGUUGGAUUUAGGUAAGCUUAGCAGUUUUGAAAAAAAGUUAUCUGUUUGUAUUAGACAUUGUCCUCUUGUUUUGUCUUUGACUUAACAUUGUUUAACCAAAGUAUUUGGACAAAUUUAGUGUUGCAUAAAUUGUUAGCUA